GUCUAUGGUCGUCUAUUGGUUUAUCCGGUUUAUCCUUACAAAUGUUACAAAUUUAAUCACCUUGAAAAAUUUGAAAAAUAAAUAAACAGGAUCAAUCAACAACAGGAUUAAUUUUUAAUUGUAAUAAUUUGUAAUUAUAAUAACUCAAAAUAAUGGAUGAUACACUUAGUGCGAUUGCCAGUGAGUUUGAUACCGAAUUUGAUGAGACAAACGCUGAUGUUGCCAGCAGUUCCAAAUUGUCUAAUGACGCUUUAAGAACUGCUAAAACAUCCAGUAAAACAUACUGUCUUCUGGUUAAUCCAAAACAGAAAGGCAAUCCUUUGCUUAAAGCCAUUACCAAUGUUCCUUGGGAGUAUGAAGAUAUUGUACCAGACUAUCAAAUGGGUAGGACAGUGUGUGCCCUAUUUUUGUCACUUAGGUAUCACAACUUGAACCCAGACUAUAUACAUGAAAGACUUAAACAGUUAAAAAAAAUGUAUGAGUUACGUGUAUUACUAGUUCAAGUAGAUGUAAAAGAUCCAUAUCACCCCUUGAAACAUUUAACUAGAAUUUGUAUAUUGGCUGAUAUGACCUUAGUAUUAGCGUGGAGUGCUGAAGAAGCUGGUAAAAUCAUUGAAACCUAUAAAAUCUAUGAGAAUAAGCCAGCUGAAAUUAUAAUGGAAAAAAGUGAAUCUACACCAUAUUUGCAGUUAGUUCAAGCACUGACUUCCAUCAANAACCAUUCUAUUCACAGCUGGGUGAAGGUGGCGGGCACCGGGAACAUUUCCGGGGGUGACGGUGGGGGCGGCGAUGUCGCGGCCGCUAUGUUGGACUGGGAGGAGGGUGACAGAUUUAGUUUUGAGGACUCGGACCGUUUUGAGGAGGACUCCUUGUGUAGCUGGAGCUCUGAACCUGAAAGCGUGUGCAACAACUGGCGGGGUUGGAAAAAGCCCUCAGUGGGCUCCAGCUCGUACACUUAUGGAAAUAACAAAAAGAACGGAGACGGCUGGCCGAUCGAGGUGACCACUGCGGAAAUCAUUCAAGAAGUCGAAAUAUUAAUACUGAAAGAUGAUCGGCUUAAGAAGAACAGCUCGCAGAAAUGGUAG